CUCUCCCUUGUUUCGGAAUAGCGGUGAUGUUGGUUUAACCAGAUUCAUCUGCCAUUGGAAGUCUUGUUAGCCACAGAACAAUCAAUUUGUUGAAGCGUGCAUUUGCAUUUCACAAAUCUGUUCUUAACACACUAUUUUGCACAGGUCUAAGAUGAGCCUCACAGACAUCCUAAGCCCUUCCGAUAUUGCUGCUGCUCUGCGGGACUGCCAAGCUCCAGAUUCCUUUAGUCCCAAAAAAUUCUUUCAGAUCAGUGGCAUGUCUAAAAAGAGCAGCAGCCAGCUCAAGGACAUCUUCCGGAUUCUCGACAACGACCAGAGCGGCUUUAUUGAGGAAGACGAGCUCAAGUAUUUCCUUCAGAGGUUUGAGUGUGGAGCCAGAGUGUUAACCAGCUCAGAAACCAAGACCUUCUUGGCAGCUGCAGAUCACGAUGGGGAUGGUAAAAUCGGGGCUGAAGAAUUCCAGGAACUCGUGCAGUCUUAGAGGUUCAAAAGGACCAACCAAGAUAGAAUUGGGAUGAAUCUGCACAAGAGGCUCCAAAACCUUGACAAUCAGGAGUCCCUUAUUUAUCUUGACAGUGUCUGUUAUUUGUUCAUUGCCUCAGCAACAUAAUGAAACACUGAUUAAUGGGUCUUUUUAAUUGUGUGAACCAUUUACCAUGUUCUAAAUUCUACUUUAGCAGACACCUCCCUUAAAAAUUUCCAAUAAAAAUUAA